AUGGCACCCUCUCGCGCGCCAGACGCUCUAGACGAAAAAUCUUCCCAGCCACAUGCCUGGACCAUCGCGCGGGAUGCGGCAGUAGACGCCGCGAUUGCUUGUCAUGACGAGGACGCGCUGGCCAAGAUAUCAGCCCAACCUGGCGGCUUUGGUUCCCAGUCGUCGAGACGAAAGGCAUGGGUGGAGCUCCUCCAUGUUGAUCACCUUGCGCGGAGCAAUGGCCACGAUAUUCGAGAGCCGACACCCGAUACCGAUACAGAGGGAGUACGGGUCUUCCCGCCGCACGACGACGAGGGUCAAGUGGGGCUGGAUACGAGUCGCUCGUUUGUGACAUACCCAAAGGGGUUAUCAGACUCGGACAAGGCGGCAAUGCAAGAAGACUUACACGCCCUUAUCGUCUCUGUCCUCCAGCGCCACCCAAAGCUGAGCUACUUUCAAGGCCUGCACGACAUCAUGACGGUGCUCUACUUGACCCUUUUGACUGAAAUUCCUCGUCCUCGACCACACGUCGAGAGCCACAGCGAUGAGGAUGAGGAGACGGUGCAAGAUGAGAAGAAGCCAUUCAAGGCCAAGGGCAAGGUCAUGACCCCGGAGGACAGGCUCGAGUGGGGCGAGCUCGUGCGUGCCGCCGAGGUGGUCACUCUGUGUCGUACACGCGACGCCAUGGGUAAAGGUCUUGGCCCGAUGAUGGGCAUGCUGAGGCUACUACGCCGGCUGCUCGCUGCCGCCGAUCCGCAACUGUACCGCAUCUCUGCUAGCAUCUCCCCCGUGCCAACCUUGCCCUUUUUCGCCCUCUCGUGGAUCCUUACCCUCUUCUCCCACGACAUCGACACUCUCGAGCCGGUGCAAAGGAUAUUCGACUAUCUCAUUGCACGCAACCCCAUCUCGGCAAUCUACCUCGCCGUAGCCAUCCUCAUGUCCAAAAAGGCCCAGAUGCUCAAGCUCGCUCGCGACCUCGGCCCCGAGGUGACCCACGACCCAUCUCUCCUGCACCCGCUCUUUGCGCGCCUUCCCCCACUCUAUCCCGAUACGCCAGACAGCCCCUUCCCUCCUCCAGACUUCACUGCAGGCGAGCCGGCCCCGCGCGACGAGCCCAACCCAUAUACCCCCAUCAACCUCAGUACGGUGUUUACACUCGCCGACGGGUUGUUGAUCAAGUAUCCCUGGGACGGACCGCGGAUACGCGGGCAAGAGGUGUUUGGCCCCGGCAGUGUCGUGAGCACCUUUGACAAGGAGCCACGGGCCAGGCCACGAGGAGACAACAAAGAGCCAGUCACGAGUGACAAGGACGAAUGGGACGAAAAGCAAGGACUGGACGAGGACGCGUGGACGCUGUCGGACGCCGAAGCGGCGAUUGACAACGAUGUGAUCCUCCCAGGCGGGGACGCGAUGGACGACGACGAGGUCCUGACCGUGGCCCGCUGGUCGCCGCUGACACCGUUGUCGGCGUUCGUUGGGCGUGUGGGCCUCGGCCUAACCAGCGGAGGCAAGGGCGGCAUGGGCCUCUACGGCUUCGACAGGCUGGGCACGGCCGUCGCCGUGGGUGUCGUGGUGCUCGGUAUCGGCGCAGCUCUCUUUGGCUGGCGGCGUCACACCGACCCCAGCUGGGCCCGUUUCUGGGGCCUGUGA